AUGCCCCAAGACCCUCCUCCAUGCCCCAAGCCUCUCCUCCAUGCCCCAAGCCUCUCCUCCAUGCCCCAAGACCCUCCUCCAUGCCCCAAGACCCUGCCCAUGCCCCAAGCCUCUCCUCCAUGCCCCAAGCCUCUCCUCCAUGCCCCAAGCCUCUCCUCCAUGCCCCAAGCCUCUCCUCCAUGCCCCAAGCCCCCAUGCCCCAAGCCUCUCCUCCAUGCCCCAAGACCCUCGUCCAUGCCCCAAGCCUCUCCUCCAUGCCCCCUCCUCCAUGCCCCAAGCCUCUCCUCCAUGCCCCAAGACCCAAGACCCCGGUCCAUGCCCCAAGCCUCUCCUCCAUGCCCCAAGCCUCUCCUCCAUGCCCCAAGCCUCUCCUCCAUGCCCCAAGCCUCUCCUCCAUGCCCAAGACCCUCCUCCAUGCCCCAAGGCCCUCGUCCAAGCCCCAAGACCUUCCUCCAUGCCCCAAGACCCUCCUCCAUGCCCCAAGACCCUCAUCCAUGCCCCAAGACCCUCGUCCAAGCCCCAAGACCCUCCACCAUGCCCCAAGCCUCUCCUCCAUGCCCCAAGCCUCUCCUCCAUGCCCCAAGCCUCUCCUCCAUGCCCAAGACCCUCCUCCAUGCCCCAAGACCCUCGUCCAAGCCCCAAGACCUUCCUCCAUGCCCCAAGACCUUCCUCCAUGCCCCAAGACCCUCGUCCAAGCCCCAAGACCCUCCUCCAUGCCCCAAGACCCUCCUCCAUGCCCCAAGACCCUCGUCCAAGCCCCAAGACCCUCAUCCAUGCCCCAAGACCCUCAUCCAUGCCCCAAGCCUCUCAUCCAUGCCCAAGCCCCUCUCCAUGCCCAAGAACCUCCUCACACAAACACUCAGCACCAACAAUACUCACACUUGA